UUCAAGGAGGAAAAGAGACUUUCAAUUAGAAAAUAGUGAGGUGAACAUGUAUGAUGUCUUUAAAAGUGAGGGUGAUGUGAUUGUGCUUGUAGAAGGAAGUCCUGGAAUUGGAAAGACAACAUUCUGCCUCAAAAUAGCCUAUGAUUGGGCUCAUGACCCCAUUCCUAAGGAGUUCAACUUUCCACAAUUUGAAAUUGUCUUAUUGCUGAAAUGCCGAGAUAUUGUUGGAGACCUAUUCGAAGCCAUUACUGAACAACUGUUACCUAAAGAUACUUAUGAAUGCUUCUGCAAAAAACUUAUGGAGUUCAUCAAGGAUUUUCAUUUUCAACCUAAAGUGUUGAUAAUUCUGGACGGUCUGGAUGAGCUUCCAAAAGUAUCUGAAAGCUACGUGGAUGACUUACUCCGUAAAAAGGUUUUGCGAUUUUGCUAUGUCUUGGCUACAACUCGCCAGGAAAGAGGAAUUGCUGUACGACAGAAGGUGAACUUUGACAUGCUUUUACAGAUUGAAGGCUUUACAAGGAAAGAUGCCUUUGAUUAUAUCAGAAAGUAUUUUAAAAGUGCUGGUUCUGAGCAUAUAUCCACUGGAGAGAGACUUAUCAUACAAAUCGAAAAAAACACUUUACUUGAUGCGCUGUGGAACAAUCCUCUAAACUUGUUACUCCUUUGCGUUGUGUUUGAGGACUACCAGGGAGAACUGCCAUCUUAUCGCACUGAACUUUACCAGAUAAUUGUUUCUUGCAUUCUACGGAGAUAUUGUGCCAAGCAUGAUCUAGAGGCUCCUCUUGUUGACAAAGCUCUAGUUAGGCUCUUUGAAGACAGUUUGCUAGUUCUUGGAGAGUUAGCUUGGAGAUGCCUGGAAAAAGAUCGAUUUUCUUUUUUUGAAAAGGAGUUGGCAGAGUUUGAAACUAAAAAUGUGAAUCUAGCAGCACGGGAGCUUGGCCUUGUAUUCAAGGAAGCCAGCUUAAGGAAGAUAAACCCACAGCACGAGUAUUUCUUCUUUCACAAGACAUUUCAAGAGUAUCUGGCUGCAUUAUAUUUAGCUAACAAGCUAUUGAUAAAAGAGGUUGAUUUUUUUAAGUCGCAUUUACGCUUUUACCCAGAUAUGGUAGAGAGCUACCGACAAGUGUUCAUCUUCAUGUCUGGCAUACUGGGUGAAGAUGCUUGUCUUCUUUUUGAACAGAUUGGCAAGAAGCUAAAAGAAGGAAACUGGGACUGGCACCAGUGCGCUGAAGAAGAGGCCACUUUCUUUGUUGAAUGUUUCAAUGAGAGUAGAAAUGGUGAACAAGUGGCAAUAGCUCUUUCUUCCUUUAUUCCGUUUCCACAGACCAUGACCUUUGACCUCUCAGAUGGGGAUAUGAACACAGAUAUUUCCAUUGUUUUCAAAGCCUGUGGGAGUUUUUCACAGUUGCAACUUCCUGUUCAUCUGUCUUUAUAUGGGGAAGUUCCUAUCGACGAAGAUGGUGCCGCACCAGCUGACGCACUAUCUGACAUCGUAGCACCCAACACACAGCUACAAACACUUUCCUUUUCUGGUUGUGUUUCAGAAGAGAUUACAGCUCUUUUGUGUAAAGCACUCACAGUAGACUCCACUUUACAUUCCUUUACACUUGAGACAACUGAAUGGAUUUCUUCCUGUGAAGUUGUUGAUAUCAGUGACAGCUUGGCUGCAAAUAAAACCCUAACAACUGUAACUUUAAAAUUGCCUCAUGAGGUGUUAAAGAGUUGCAUAGCCAUACUUGACAAGGGACUAUCUGCAGAAACGCCACUGACAUCUUUUGUACUCGAGAUUUUUGGUUCAUGGAGGGAAACUGAAGCAGAAGAUUUUAGAAAGAUUUUAUUGAACAGAUCACUUAUGUCUCUGAGCCUUACUCUGUUUGGAGACGUGCAAGAUUCAUUAAUAACUUCUCUUAGAGAGGGACUUGUGGCAAAUCCUUCAAUGAAGUCCCUUGCACUGACAUUUUAUGGAAAACUCAGCAACACUGGUGUGGCUUUGUUAAAGAAUGGCUUUCUAGGAAACAGGUCUUUGGAGUCUCUGGAAUUAAAAGUGUUUGGUGAGCUUCCUACAAACUGGGCAAAUAUUUCUAGGACUCUCCACUCUGCAGUAAAGUCCACAUCUCGUCAGGAAAGAGGAAUUAUAGUGCGAAAAAAGGUGGACUUUGAUAUGCUUUUACAGAUUGAAGGCUUUACAAGAGAAGAUGCUUUUGAUUACAUAAGAAAGCAUUUUAAGAAUGCUGGUCCUGAGAAUGUGCUGAAAGGAGAGAGACUCAUUGAUGAAAUCAUGGAAAACACUUUCCUUGAUGCGCUGUGGAACAAUCCUCUAAACUUGUUACUCCUUUGCAUUGUGUUUGAGGACUACCAGGGAGAACUGCCAUCUUAUCGCACUGAACUUUACCAGAUAAUUGUUUCUUGCAUUCUACGGAGAUAUUGUGCCAAGCAUGAUCUAGAGGCUCCUGUUGAUGACAAAAAUGUGGUGAGGCUCUUUGAAGAUAGUUUGCUAGUUCUUGGAGAGUUAGCUUGGAGAUGCCUGGAAAAAGAUCGAUUUUCUUUUCGUGAAGAGGAAUUGGUAGAAUUUGAAACUGUAAAUGCAAAUCUAGCAGCUAGAGAACUUGGCCUCGUGUUCAAGGAAGCCAGCUUAAGGAAGAUUAACCCACAGCAUGAGUAUUUCUUCUUUCACAAGACAUUCCAAGAGUAUCUGGCUGCAUUUUAUUUAGCUAACAAGCUAUUGAAAAAAGAGGUUUAUUUCUCUGAAUUGCAUUUAAACUUUUACAAUGAUAUGACAGAGAGGUACAGACAAGUGUUCAUCUUUAUGUCUGGCAUACUGGGUGAGGAUGCUCGUCUUCUUUUUGAACAGAUUGGCAAGAAGCUAAAGAAAGGAAACUGGGACUGGCACCAGUGCGCUGAAGAAGGCGCCACUUUCUUUGUUGAAUGUUUCACUGAGAGUAGAAAUGAUGAACAAGUGGCAAUAGCUCUUUCUUCCUUUAUUCCGUUUCCACAGACCAUGACCUUCAACUUAUCACGUGAGGAAACAACAACAGGUGUUUUCAUUGUUUUAAAAGCCUGUGAGAGUUUUUCACAGUUGCAACUUCCUGUUCAUCUUGCACUAGAGUGUUCUUGGUGGGAUGUUAAUGCCAACCUAGGUGGUGACGAACUAGCUGACAUCAUAGCAUCCAACACACAGCUACAAACACUUUCCUUUUCUGGUUGUGUUUUUGAAGAGACUACAGCUCUUUUGUGCAAAGCACUCACAGUAGACUCUACUUUACAUUCCUUUACACUUGAGACAACUGGAUGGAUUUAUUCCUGUGAAGUUGUUGCUAUCAAGUUAGACUGCAGUGGAGCAAAUGAUCUUUGCAAAGGACUGAUAGCCUCAUCAGUUUCUUGUGUCACUUUGAAUUUUAAGGAAAGAGUAACUGAUAAUGUUGCUAACUGUCUUUUUAAGCACUUGAACAAACUCAAAACCCUUUCAAAGUUGACUAUUAGUAUUCAGGGGGAGCUGAUGGGGGACGGAAAGAACACUCUUGAAAGGCUAUCACGCAACCAAACAUAUCUAUUUGCAUUAAAUGUUAGUGACUCAUAUUCAGGCGACAAGAUUUGCAGAGAAGUUGGUUUAUCUGCUGAUGAUUCCUCGUCACUUACACCUGUACUUACCAAAGUUAAGGAUGGCUGUGUAACAAAGCUUAGUUUGAGCGUUAAGAACCCUGACAGCAUCAGUGGAGACUGGGGAUCCACUCUCUGUGAGGGUUUGGCAAAAAGUGAGUCUUUAACUACAUUGAGUCUGACAUUUAACAACAAUUACUAUAUUAAAAACAUGGAUGCUCUGUGGGAUGCUGCGGCAAAAAACAAGUCAUUAACUACACUGAGCCUUACACUCAACAGCUACAAUCAGUAUCUUAUGAGUGAACCCAUAACCUUUGGUCUGAGGAAUGGUUUGGCAAAAAACUCGUCAUUAACUACACUGAGCCUUACCUUAAACGACUGCUUGGUAUGGAAGAAAAUGGUGGCCAAUGAUCUGAGGGACGGUUUGGCAAAAAACGCAUCACUAACUACACUGAGGCUUACAAUGAACAUCCAGAGUGGCUGGAUAAUCAGAAUUCCCCUGGUGGAUUAUCUGAGUGGUGGAUUGGCAAAGAACACAUCACUAACUACACUGAGCCUUACACUCAACAACUACUGUGACUGGGAGGAAUGCAUGAUCUCUGGUCUGAAUGAGGGGUUGACAAAAAACAUGUCAUUAACUACACUGAUCCUUACAUUCAACAACUACAGGGACUUUGAGGGAUGCAUGAUCUCUGAUCUGAGUGACGUGUUGACAGAAAACAUGUCAUUAACUACACUGAGCCUUACACUCAACAACUACAGGAACUUUGAGGGAUCCAUGAUCUCUGAUCUGAGUGACGUGUUGACAAAAAACAUGUCAUUAACUACGCUGAUCCUUGCAGUCAACAACUACAGUGACUUUAAGGGAUGCAUGAUCAAUGGUCGGAGUGACCGGAUGGCAAAAUACAUGUCAUUAACUACACUGAGCCUUGCAAUCAACAACUACUCUUCCUUUGAAGAAGACCUGACUGAUGGUCUAAUUGAUGGUUUGGCGAAUAUCAAGUCAUUAACCACCCUUAGUCUUACACUGAACAACCACAGUUACAGGCCUAAUUCAUCUUUCUGUGCUCUGAUGGAUGCUUUGGUAAGAAAUACAUCAAUAGUUACCUUGAACUUGACACUCGGUGACUACAAUAACUUCUAUGAAGACUGGAUACAUGAACUGGCUUAUGCUUUGGCAAGAGACACAUCUUUAACUUCAAUUAGCCUGGAAGUAAAUGUCUUCAGUGAAAGAAAUUCAAACUCUGAGAGUUCUUCGGUUUAAAGAGCAGCACAUUAUUUAUUAUUCUUUCAUAAAUGGUGUGAGUAUCAGAGGUGCCUUUUAAAUGUUUGGUUAGUCUGUGAUCACAGUUACCACAGGGAUGAAUCUUGGAAACCUGAUCUAGCUUUGGUUUGGUAAAGAGAGCAACAUUAACUACAACUCUGCUAAACUAAACAAACUGUCAGUAUUAAUACAACUAGAAACAAGGGUCUGAUUUUGAAGUUCUCCGGGUUCAAAACAUGCUCCAACUUUAAUGAGAUGAAGAAGAUGGCUGGCUGGAUGUGAUCUGGAAUUUUGGCAAAGGGAUUAGAGUGACAUGAACUUGUUUUAGUUCAAAAGGAGAACCAGCACUGGCUUAUUGAUCUUGUUGAACACUCUGUGAAGCAGUGACUUUGACCACUCUGGGAUUGAAAGGUAAGAGCAGCAGUAAUGCAAGGACAAUAUUUUGAGGAUACUUGGUAGAGUUUACUUGGAAGUGGUUCAUUUCACUUUGAUCAACAGUUAGCUAAUGGAGAGUGUUCAUUCUGUACAAAAAUAAUU